AUGCCAUUGCCCGAGCUGUCGCAGCCUGGCACAACCGACGCCCAGCCGGACGGGAUUCAAAAUGGCCCUGGAAUGUUGAACGCCGUCGUGGAUUUUAACCCUGAUGCCGCUUCUGGGCAUCUGGCAGACCAAGGAACGAAUGGAUCCGAUGCGAUCGCGGAAGGAAAGCAGAAUGCGAAGGCUGUUCUAGCGGCCUCGGGCGUGUCGACCCUCCCCGAGGCGAGCCAUGACGCCUCCCAGCCGGGCAGCACCAAUGGAAUGGCUUCGAGUAAAAAACGAUCGCGAGAUGGAGCCCUGAUCCAACCAUCGUCUCCCGGUGAAGCUCUCCCUGUGCGCGUGCGCGAGACCCCAACAGAGAAGAUCUUAUUGGAGGAAUAUGUGAAUCGCGAAUUCCGACAUUCCGCUUUGACUGCAUGGCACAAUCCGAGCCAGGAGCUCCAGCAAGAGAAGCGUGCGGAGCGCGAUUACUAUCUAACCCUACGACGCGAGAACCAUAUGAACCCUGGCGCCCUCUACGGUGCUGGCUAUGAAGGCUUUGGUAAUGCACGAACCGACCUGCGCAAUCAACACCCACAAUUGCUAUAUCCCGCAAAUCGGCGUCGCCCUGGAAAUCGCAGAACUCGUGAGCUGCGUGUCUCGCGAAAGGACCUGAAGACUCAGAACGAGCAGAUCGAGGACCUGGUUCCCAUCAGGCUAGAUGUCGACUGGGAGAAGAUCAAAAUCCGAGAUACCUUCACAUGGAACCUGCAUGACCGUGUCGUUUCCCCGGAACUAUUUGCGGAGAAACUCGUGGAAGAUUUUGGACUUCCGCUCGAGUCCUGUGCUCCCCUGGUGAGAAUGAUUACGCAGAGCAUCCAAGAGCAGCUGUGUGACUACUACCCCCAAAUCCAUAUGGAAGAACAGCCGCUAGAUCCUCACCUCCCAUACACUGCCUAUAAGAAUGACGAAAUGCGCAUAUUGGUUAAACUCAACAUUACCAUUGGCCAGAAUACAUUAAUCGAUCAAUUCGAGUGGGACAUCAAUGAUCCCCAUAACAGCCCCGAAGAAUUCGCCGCGCACAUGACUCAAGACCUCUCUCUUUCGGGUGAAUUCACAACGGCGAUCGCCCAUUCGAUUCGUGAACAAUCACAGCUGUUUACUAAAUCCCUCUACAUCCUCUCACAUCCGUUUGACGGACGUCCUGUUGAUGACCCUGACCUCAAAACGGCAUUCUUGCCUACUCCCCUCACCUCCUCCUUCAGACCCUUCCAAGCCGCUAAGGAAUUUACACCUUACUUGUAUGAACUUAACGAAGCAGAGCUGGAGCGAACCGAGGUAUCUAUAUCGAGAGAUCAACGGCGACAAAAACGGUCUGUCAACCGUCGGGGUGGACCAGCGUUGCCUGACCUCAAAGACCGCCAGCGCACUAUUCGAACAUUGCUUGUCUCGUCUGUUAUUCCUAAUACCGCAUCGUCCAUGGAAGAGAGUAACGUGUUCAAGCGGUCCGGUUCAAGUCGCCAUCGACGUGCUGCGGUUGGAUUGAGAGAUGGAGGGGAUGAGUCGGAGGAAUCAGAUAGCGAUGAAUCUUCGUUGGUCGGGUCUCCCGCUAUUGGACCACAUCUUGCCCAAGGUACUGCCCGCACGAGAGGUAUGCGUGGGGCGGCUACUGCUGCGCAUGCGGCUCUGCGGGCGAACCUGGGUCAGUCGGCAACACCGGAACCCCAUCAUGAGCCUAGGGCCUCUGUUCGCAGGCAAAUAUAUCGCGAGGAGACACCGGAAGAGCAAGACAAACUGGUUGUGACCCUCAAAAUCCCCAAGGAGAAGUUGCGCCAAGUCCUUACCGGUAGUCUAAAGCCGAAUCCAGCCGUCCCUUCAUCCCAACAAAGCACACCACAGCUUCGAACACCAACUCCAAGCUCUGCCGCAACCCCAUCGCACCCACAAGCUCGACUAUCAGGCUCAGGCCGAACGGGCCCAGCUCAUCACCUUGGAGCCAUAGAAGCCCCUAACCCCCCUCAACCAGGUGUCCCUGGGCCAUCCCCUCCAAGCUGGCUUGUAGCAGGACUUGCUCGGCUCAAACGCUCUUAUCCCAAUGAUUCUUUCGAAGGAGUGAUGCGCUAUACAGCGGUCGAUACCGAAACCAUGCUUCCUGUGGCCAACGCCAACAGUCAACCGGGACACAAGCUCAAAUAUCUUUACCUUCCUCGUAUCCGGUGCCACGAUUGCCCGGGAAAGUUAUACACGCCAGGUCCAGGUACGACAGUGGAUAACUUUGAGGUCCAUCUACGCAACCGGCAACACAAAGAGCGUGUGGAGGACCGGAUCACCAAAGCCGCCGCCGCUGCCGCCGCGGGAGGCAACCCAUCUUCGUAA